AUGGACCAGCUUAAGAGAAACAUCCUUAGGUUUUUGGACGGGGAGUGCAGUCUAGGCGAACAAAUCAGAUCUAUCAAGAGACUUCGAACAAGGGGAGGUGUUUUUCUCGAAAGGCAACGUUGGUGGGAGAGUAUGGAAGACGACAUCCAAUGCACUCUAAUGAUGGAGGACAGAGAAGACAUUUGCUUCAAGUGUGGAGAACCUGGACAUCGCAUUCACGAAUGCAAGAGUGAGGAAAAGAAGUGCUAUAGAUGUGGGAAGGCAGGUCACAUUGCUAUUGAGUGCAAAGGGAACACUGUAACUUGUUUCAACUGCGGGGAAGAAGGUCAUAUCAGUCCUAAGUGUCCUAAGCCGAGGAAGAAUCAAGCUGGUGGUAAGGUGUUCGCCUUAUCUGGUUCAGAGACUACUCCAGAUGAUCGGUUGAUUAAAGGUACGUGUUUUAUCCAUGGCACUCCUUUAAUUGCAAUAAUAGAUACUGGGGCAACUCACUCGUUUAUUUCAUUGGAUUGUGCUAAACGUCUGAACUUGGAAAUAUCUGAGAUUAAUGGAAGUAUGGUCAUUGACACUCCUGCGUCGGGUUCAGUGACUACUUCGUUUGCCUGUUUGAACUGUCCAAUUGAUAUUUUUGGUAGAGAGUUCGGAAUGGAUUUAGUAUGCCUUCCGUUGGAACAACUUGAUGUUAUCUUGGGUAUGAAUUGGUUGCAAUUUAAUCGGGUUCAUAUCAACUGUUUCACGAAAACGGUUAUUUUCCCCGAAGAUGUCAUUGUCGAGGAUUUAGCAAUGACCGCUAGACAAGUGGAUGAAGCCAUGAAGGGCGGGGCCGCCGUGUUUAUGUUGAUUGCAUCCAUGGAAGUGAAGAAGAAAGCGGUGAGUAGUGAUUUACCAGUAGUAUGUGAAUUUCCAGAAGUCUUUCCAGAAGAUGUAAGAGAGUUACCGCCAGAGAGGGAGGUAGAAUUUGCUAUUGAGUUAGUCCCUGGGACUAGUCCUGUGUCGAUGGCGCCGUAUCGUAUGUCGGCAUCUGAAUUAGCAGAAUUGAAGAGUCAACUGGAAGAGUUACUGGAAAAAGAAUUCAUUCGUCCUAGUGUGUCGCCG